AUGUUGGCCGGUGGAACUUUUAUUUUUCUGUUGAUGGUAAGCCCACACUUUUCUGUUUUUCCACCUCUUCUAAUGGGGCUAGUAAAAGGUUAUGACUGCGACAGAAACUAUUUUUGAUCUGAAUGCCUCUGGCACAGAGAUUUGUUUAUUUGGAACCUUAAUUUUUCUCGCUCACACAACUUACUUACUACCCGUUCUUCCAGUGUGUCAGUGGUGUCUUAGGAGGCAAUACUUCAGAUUGGUCCAGAGAGUUUGAACUUCCGUACAGCCGUACAUUCGAACGUCCAUUUGAGAAAGGUAAGAAAAAAUUUUUUUGGGAAAUUCCGAGAUUAGCGAGUUUGAUAAGGAUCAUAACGUGAUAUUCUCGAGUUUUACAGCGCACCUGAUCCAGUGGCAAAAAAUAUAACACUUUGCAUCCGGGAAGAAUAAAAAAUGUAGCAAAAUGCUUCCCUCUCCAGAUGAAAAAAAACUCCAAUUUCAAAAACGUGCCCGCUCUUUUUGUAAUGAUCCAUUCCUUGCUGAUUUCUGGACUUCGGCACUAGCCACUCAGCCACACGACUCUCUUCCUGAGGAAGAGAUUUUUACUAUUAUUAUUCUUUGCAAUGCUUGCGUCUUUUGUCGGGAAAUUUGGCCAGUUUUUGGGCACCCCUAAAACCCAAAAUUGGACAGCUAAUUUUUAUAUAUACGUUCUUGAUCAGCUCAAUUUUUCGGCUUUUUCGUGAUAUGUCCCGUCGAAAAGUAGGAGCCCCCAUAAAAGUACCUUAAUAUGUUUUGUUUCCAGGCUCAUCACUGAUCAUCUACGCCUCAUCGGGUGUGGGGGCCAAGCUCGACCUCGACCUGAAGCUGAGCACUCUUACUCUGCUACAGAUCAGAUUCAAUCAGACGCAUGUGGUGUUGCGCGAUGACAUCAACGGAGAAUGUAAGAACGAGCAGUAUAUUUGUGAAGGCGCCGAAGCCGCGGAAUGCAUUCGACCCAAUGCUGUAAUCGAAAUCAUUGUGGACACCCUUGACGACGGUGUUCAUGUCUUCAUCAACGGGAAACGGAGGAAUAAGAAACCAUGGCUCACCUACGCCUUGUGGAAGUUCAAUCAACUUUAUGUAGGUGCAGAUAUUAAUGGAGUCGAGCUCACGGGUGUCACCGCAUUGUUGAUUAAAGAGUUUCCGGGUUGAAUAAAGCUGUUAGCAGGUUAUAAUCACUUUUUGCUGAAUUUCGGCACGAAGAGUUUCAUGUCUGUUUCUAACGUAGGGGUAAUGUUCCCACAAAAAAUAAAUUUCUUCCGCACGAAACUAGCAAAGUUAUAGUCAAAAACUGUUGACGGCAAAGAUCGUUCUAUGCAAAGCGCGAGCUAAAUCUUUCAGGAAUUGAUAUCUAGUCCAUGACCGACGCGUUUGCAAAAUUUAAAGGAAACCUGAGCGUCGCACGGGUACUUCCAUUGUUAAUAAGAAAAUUGCUUUAUCGUAUAAAUGUAUGUUAUAGGGUUUUAGUCUUUAUUGUAUAAAAAGAGCUUGUAAGCAAAGAAGCGUUGUUAUUACGAAAAAUGUAUAACUUGUUGUAUCUUCAGAAUAUGGUUUUAUAUGUUGUUCUACCCUGAAGCGAUUUCAGCGCAAUAGGAUGAGGAACGCAUGGGCUGAUGAAGCACUUUACCAAGCCGUUGUCAUCUGUAAGACGUUUAUCGCGGUCGAGAAGACUUACACAAAGCAUUUCUAA